AAGAAAAGGUAAAUAUUCUUAAGUAAAGAAUCUUACAGUUGAUUGUGAGGCGCAUCUGCAGCCGCUUUGAGCCGGUUCUAAAUUUAGGGGGCGCAACCGCCUGAAGUCUUGAGUAUGUUAUAAAAUCUGGAACUUCAACGUCUUCCGUUUCAGUUUAAUUUAGUCCGAGUUAAAACGUUCAACAAAAAAGAAUCAAAAUGCCUGAAAUAGUCUUAGAUAAAGAACAAAUAAUAAUGCUGCAAAAAGCCUUCAAUAUGUUCGAUACCAGCAAAAAGGGGAGCAUUGAAAAGGAGAAAGUUAGGAUGAUUUUGAACACUUUGGGGCACUCCUUUAACGAUCAGGAAUUGGAGGCGUUGUUGGAGAACGAAGAUCGCCAAGGUUCUGGUGUUUUAAAUUUCGACUCUUUCUGCCGCGUUGCGAGCCAUUUUCUGGAAAGCGAAGACGACGAGGCUCUCCAAAAAGAACUAAAAGAAGCCUUUAGGCUUUACGACAAAGAAGGAAACGGUUAUAUCCCCACAUCUAGCUUAAGAGAAAUUUUAGCCGCAUUAGACGACCAGUUAACCGGCGAUCAAUUGAACGAAAUGAUUGCGGAAAUCGAUGCGGAUUCCUCAGGAACCGUCGAUUUUGAUGAAUUCAUGGCGAUGAUGACAGGUGAUUAAUAAUAAGUAUUUAAGAACAUGCAUAAAAUAUAAGGUUUUUUUAAUGUAUCAUUGUAAGGUUUGUUUUGGUUGUUAAUAAAAUAAAUUAAAAUGUAAAAACGA